AUGGGUUGUGCAUCAUCGCAUUUUCUAAACCAUGAUGAGGAUUUCACCCAAAUUGGCAGCUCAGCCUUGGGCCACCAUAUCGUCUCUCUAACUUCCACCACUUACGGCCUCUUGACGCUUGACCCAUCUUCCUCCAAAACCACCGUCUCCGCCACAGCUCCAUCCCGUGCCACCCUCCUCUCGAUCUUUCCCACACCCGUCUCUGAACCCAGGUCUGAACCCCCACCGGAAGUCAUCAACUCAUGGGAGCUCAUGGCCGGUCUUGAUUCCACCAUUGAAAGCUUCCGUCUUUACCCACAAACUUCUAAAUCCAUCCCCUCCAGAUACACCCUCGUUGAUAAAGAAAACCUGAACCCAAAUCAAGAGAACUCGAAUCUUGAUCAUAAAAAUCCGAUCUUUGUCAAGUCCGUAGCAUCUAAACCAGUUUCGCUAGAUGAAUUUGAAGAACUGUGCCCACCGAAAGGGGAGAACAAGGUGGUGAUUUAUACGACGACACUGAGAGGGGUACGGAAGACGUUUGAGGCAUGCAAUGCGGUGAGAACGGCGAUGGAGGGAUAUGGAGUUUUUGUUUGCGAGAGAGAUAUAUCCAUGGAUCAAGGUUUUAGGGAAGAACUGAGAGAGCUAAUGAAGGCUAAAGAUAGCAGUGAGUUGGUGCCACCAAGGGUGUUCGUAAAGGGAAGAUACAUGGGUGGAGCUGAUGAGGUUCUGAAGACGAUGGAAGAAGGGAGUUUGGGACGAUUGCUUGAAGAUUUACCUAAAUCAAAAGCUGGGUUCGUCUGCGACGGUUGUGGUGGUGUUAGGUUUCUGCCCUGUUUCAGCUGCAAUGGGAGUUGUAAGGUGGUGGUGGUGGAUCGGAAUAAGGAAGAGGUUGGUGGAGAACGACGGAAAAGGGUGGUGGUUCGAUGUGGUAACUGUAAUGAGAACGGACUUGUUCAUUGUCCAAUUUGUAGCUGAUCCAUUAUCAUCCAUAUCUGGUUUCGAGAUUCACAAAUCCUUUAUGGGUUCACAUCAACGGUUAAUUAGUAUAAUUAAUUGUUGUAGUGGUUUUAAUCUGUAAUCGUUGUUGACUUGCUCCUAUGGAACCAAGAUCGAAAAAAUCAGUCAUUCACAACCACGAAGGGUUGGUAGAGAUGCAUCUGUAAAAUUAUUGAGGGCAAUAAGAAGACAGUAUGUGCCAUGUGAAUCAAGUACUGUAAUGAUUCAGAUGAGGCCAAGUUCAUCAGGUUUAA